AACCCUUUCAUUUCAUCAUUACUAUAAACAGCUUCAAAAUCCCUAAAAAAACAAAACACCAGAUUUCUUCCAUACAGAAAUUAUUUGUUAUUAAUAUAUAAAUCAAAUGCAGAAAAAUGUCACAAAGCAAUAUAACAACAAAUUAUAGUAAUAGUAAUAGUAAUUUAAAUGUACCAGUAAGUGAAGUAUAUUGGUCUCUAGUUGCCAAAGCCGAUAAAAAAUUCUCCAAAAUUAGGGAUUUGCCUUAUUAUGAACGCAACAGGUACGAUACGUAUUUCUAUAAAGUCUUUAAAGUUUAUACACAACUAUGGAAAUUUCAACAAGAGAAUCGACACAAGCUUGUGGAAGCAGGGCUUAAGAGAUGGGAAAUAGGGGAUAUUGCAUCACGAAUAGGGCAACUUUAUUUUGGGCAAUACAUGAGGACAAGUGAAGCUAGUUAUUUGUCUGAAUCAUAUAUCUUCUAUGAAGCGAUACUAACUAGGGAGUAUUUCAAGGAUGGGGUAUUACUGGAUUUGAAUCUUGCUAACAAACAGCUGAGGUUCCUUGCACGAUUCUUGACAGUGUGUUUGGUGUUGAACCGUCGAGAAAUGGUGUAUCAGUUGGUGAAUCAGCUCAAAUUGUUAGUUUCAGAUUGCAAGAGGACUUUCCAGGACACUGACUUCAAAGAAUGGAAGCUAGUGAUUCAGGAAAUAUCUAAGUUUCUUAAACUUGACACAGCUUUUAUGAAUAUAAGGCCUCUAAGAUAUAGUCUCGCGUUGGAUCUCCAUCCUGAUAGCCUUCCACCUGCUGCCAAUGUCAAAAGAAAGCUUAAACUGGGAGAUGCCAUACUUUGUAGCUACCAUCCUAAUGAGGUUAAGUUUUCUGAGUUGACACUUGACAACUUCAGAAUGCUUCAAUCUUUGGAGUGGGAACCUAGUGGCUCAUUUUACAAAUCAAGUGGAACCAUUUCCUCUGGCAUCGGGACCACUGGUGGUCAAAAUGGUGCCCUUUUAGGCCCGGGUCGUAUUAAUUUUUCUCAGGAGCUUUCUGAUCCUACAUUGCCACCAAAUCCCCGUAAAGCUAUCUUGUAUCGUCCAUCCAUCACUCAUUUUUUAGCAGUUCUGGCCACCGUGUGUGAGGAGCUCCCCCCGGAUGGAGUUCUCUUACUUUAUUUAUCUGCUCCAGGGCACGAAGCCAAUAAUGUUCAGCCUUACAUGGUGCACCCCAAUGCUGCAUCUACUUCUCCAUUCCCUUCUGCUUGUGAUAAGACAGUCAAUUCUUCAGAGACAGAUAUUAUGGACUGCUCUGCUUACCAUUCUGGUGGCUUAAAUCUUGGUGCUAAAGGAAAUGGAGGUUUAAAUCUGAUCUAUCCUUGUGACUUACUUCCAUUUACAAGAAGGCCACUUUUCCUUGUUAUCGACAGUGGCAACAGUAACGCAUUUAAGGCAUUAAGUACAAUGGUAAAAGGAGAACCAGUUGCAAUGCUUUUAUCUCCAGUAUGUUCAAGUCCUACACAUGGUGCCAUAGAUUCUUGUCAGCCAAGUGGAAGUCAGUUUACAAGCUUUCUGACAGCACCAUUGCAGGCUUUGCUCAGUCUACUUGGCAUUUCAGGUUCUGAUCUUCAGAUGGAUAAGCUUAAUGAAGCUGAUAAGGUUCUUUCCUCAUCUUUACAUCACUGGGGAGAGUUGUUGGCAUCUUCCGACAUGCUCCAUCCUGUCUGGACUCAAGUUCUAGGAGAUCCAUUUAUUAGGCGGCUGCUUUUAAGGUUUAUAUUUUGCCGGGCAGUCCUAGCACUAUACUCUCCCACAUCCAACAAAAAAGAAUAUCUUCCCGGGUGUUCACCCCCUCUCCCGGACCCAAUCUUACCUGUGACUGUCUCUUCAAACGAAGCAAUUGGACAAAUAGCCGCUAUAUUUGGUGCAGCAGCCAUGUUUAACUUCCCAGAGGGACCAUUUGUCAAGUAGGUUUGUUCCCAUGAAGAAAUGUAGAAUGUGUAUUAGGGUUGUGUUCUUGCUUGAUGAAUGCUGCCAUCUUAUACAGUGAAUAUCUUUGUGUUUACCCUCCUCGAACUGCUAGCGUUUUGUGCCUUCCUUUGUUUUCUUUCUCAUAUAUGUAUAUCAGUAUUCUUGAAUAGAGUGGGAAUAUAGGAAUUUGAGUGGUAAUGGCCAUUUAAGGGGCUUUGUUUCA